AUGGAAUACCCUCUUAUUGUUACAUUGGGAGCUCGUAUGAGCGCAUACCUUUCUAGCUCUGAAGAUUACCAUAAGCAAAGAAAGAGACUAAAUAAAAGGUUACUUAAGUUACGUCAUGAAUUGGAUCUUAUAACUCCAGAUACCAAAGACUACAAGAAGAAAGAAAAAAUAUCCAAAAUCUCAUCUUCAGAUUACGACCAAGACGAAAAAUACGGGCUACUUUUACUUUUGACUGCAGAAAGAGAUAGUUUAUAUUCCUCAGAGAUUAAGAGUUUGUUGGAAAUUAGCAAUGACAAUGCUUCGUCAUAUAGAAAUCUUAUGAUAAGUAGAAUCAAGAAGUCGUUAUCUAGCUCAAAAAAAUUAUUGGAAAUCACCGUAAAUGAGAAAGAUGAAUAUAAAAGGAUUGAAUAUUACACCUAUGCUGCCUUAAUUCAAGGUAAUCUAUCAGUCAAUAAAAAACAAUGGUCAAAAGCAUUGAAUGCCUUCUCCAUCGCUAAAUGUGCUUUAGAUUUCUUAUAUUCUCAAGAAGAUAGUAAGAUGGAUAUUGAAGAGGAACAAGAAGAAUCUACUCAAUUCAAAAAAACUUUGAUUAGCGAAAUUACUGAGACCUUAGUAGAUCCUUCAUUGGCAUUAGCUAUUUCUCAAGAUGAUACAGCGUACUCCACUACAACUGAUUUAAAAACUGUAUCACGUCAACAUUGCCGUGACAACAAAUUGUCUUAUUUACAACCAGUUAUCGAAAUAAUUGCCAGGAUCGAUCCUGAAGCUGUUUCAGAAGUGUCUUCAUCAACUGAAUUAAUCAAGUCGGUCCAAUGGAGAGACCAUGAAGCAACUUUAUACAAUGACGAGCUUGCUUAUAAAAUUAUGAAAUUAACUAAUGAUAAUGAAACAAAUUGGAAAAACUUCAAUGAUGCUAACCAGUUUGAUGUAUUAUUAUCCGGAUGGUCUGAGUUAUUAGAAAUUCAUACAAACGAUAUGGAUAAAAAUAAGGAUGAAGAUGAUCUUGAAAAGGUCCAAGACAGGGCCAUUGUAUUAACAUAUAUUAAUUUCAAUUUGUUAUUCACAAGGUUGAAGAGAGAUUUGUUAAUAAUCGAUCAAUUAUCAUCUCAAGGUGAUAAUGUUUUUGCUUUAAAGAAAUUAGAGUUCAAUAAGGAUAUUAUUAGAUUAUAUGGUACCAUAAUCACUACUACCCAGGAAAUAAAAGACUUGCCAGGUGUUUAUAAUGAUGAAGAUUUACACGAAUCUUUGGAUAAUUUGGAGAAGUUUUUCGUCGCAAAAAAAUCCGCUGUUUUGGCUAGAUCGUUUGCUCUUAAUAAUAAGUUCCCAGAAGCAUUAAAGAUAUUUGAUCAUGUGGAUAAUACCUUAUCAUCUUCUGACAAUAAGUUCUAUAAGAUUGACGAGUUUCCGUAUAACGUUAGCAGCAAUGUCGAAUUUGAAAAAUUCAAAAAGGAGUUACCUUCUCAAGUGCUUCAAGCUCAAAUAUUGGCACAAUUCUCUGUAGACUUAUCCAAGAAUUUGAACCAGAGUAAUUUCGUCAUUGAAAACAUGAAUAAAUAUCCAGUUUCCAAUGAAACUUUAGACAAUAUUGCUAACUUCAAUAAAAAUUUAUCAAUUGCUCCUGUUUUAAGCAAGCCUGUCUUAUUUGAUAUUGGGUUUAAUUACAUUAAUUAUGGUAUGGGCCGUUCUUCAUCAUAUAAUAACUCCAAUUCAGCUACAUCUACUACAUCUGAUUCGACUACCGAUCAGAACGAUCCUAAUAAAAAGAAGAGUGGCUUCUUUGGUAUUUUUGGCCGUAGCUAA